GAAAUUCUGCUAGCGAUAAUCGAAUUGAUUAUAUUGCGGGCUCUAUAUGAUUCACCCUACUUAUCGAUGGUUGGCCAACAGCCUCGGGCGUCAGCCAACCCCUUGGCGGCUGACUUGCUGGAACGACUAGGUGAGGCUGACUGCCCUAUGCACAUAAAUACCCUAGCUCUCUCUUGUCCUGAACUUCUGGAACGACGAGACAAAUGGCUGUCGCUGAAGACGCGUUCAAACUCCUUGGUAGAGUUGCUGAUGCUUUCGACAAUCCUUCCUCCCGCGAGUCACGCAAAGACUUCCGGGUAAACACCAUCAAGAUACACAGGCCCCAGACAAGUCGCUCCAGUCAGGAAAGUCAGAUUCAGCAUGCUCGUUAUCCCCGUCGCGAGCCCUCUCUCUUCGACGUCAGCUACAUCUACGAUGAUGACGAACUUGCCGAUGUAUCGACGAUUGGAAACCGUUCAUGCGCGUCAUCUGAAACAAUCAAGAGCCUCACCAGAAUUACCUCGUAUGACAAUGCGUUCUAUACCUGUGAUGAUACGAUCGCCUUGGAUGAAUCAUCAUGCGACGAAAUGACCAAGAUGCUUUUUUCCAGUGGCAGUCCACUUGACAGACUCAACAACAUUGCUCGUGCCGAACUGAAGAAGACCGGCUGGUUCGAACGACCCGAUCAGUGGUCCAUCGUCAACAUGGGCCUUUCAAGUCCAAUGACGCACACACGUGGACCCACGUCUCCCCCAAAAACCCCUCCAUCCAUCCUCUCCCCAAUUCUCCCCUCCACACCCGCCAUCACCGCCGCACCUCCAUCCUUCACACCAUCCCCACAAUCACCCACGAAGACGCAUUCCUCCUUCAAAGCCAGUACCCCAAACGGCAAAUACAGCUCGAGCUCGCAUGAUAGUUUUCCAGACUUCAGCACGCUAUCGUACGCUCCACGCGCCGAACCCGAGCCACCGAAACGUUUUGGAGUGAGUAGCCGUGUCAAGCAGCUCAUGAAGCGCGUCUUGCACGUUAACGUCAGCGUGCAUCCAAGCGGGAGAUCAAGACAAUCUUUGCUUGUGGGAGUGGGCUUGCGGCCUGCUUCCAUGGCUGGAGGGUCUUCGGGUACGUGGGCGUUUGCUAGUUUUGGAUCUGCGCAUACUCAGGCGGGGAACCGAUGGAGUGGGCUUUGGCAUUGACAGAUUCGUUCAUGAUUUAUUUUUUGUAUUCUUUCUCUCAGUUACUGUAUCCAAAUUCCUUCUCCAAGCGGUUCUAUUUCAACUGGCCUCCAUAAGGGUGGAUGUGCUCCAAUUAUGUAUACGAC